GUGACGGAGCAAAAGGGGCAAUGGAACGUCAAGACCAACCAGCCGUUGUUAGCAGGUACUCAUUGUGAUUCAACGUGGUGCGGACGGAUUGCACUCCCUUGGGCGGACACAUUGAUGGGCCAAUGCCUCCUCACAUCGUCGCGUCUCGCUCUCGCCGUGCCAGCAAGCCAGGGGAGGAGCGUUUGGGAGUCCUCGCGCCCUCUACAGAUAGAUGGGUUUAAUACUCCCAUAGGGUGCUUGCUGCCCAUGCCCCGGUGCUCCGUUGGCGCCGAAUGCCUGGUGGUCGAACAGCGUUGUUCCCGUCAUUCCAGCGCCCUCUGAUCGCCCGGUCAAUGGCCGUCCAGCACGGAUCCGGGAGGGGAUUGAGGACGUGGGAAGGCUUACACGCAAACGCCAGGCAACCUGAUGAUGAAAAGCCAUCGUCGUGAGGUCCAGCGGCCUCUCCAGUCGCGCAAAACCAAGGCAAUAAUAACUUAACCCACCGGCGGCCCCCACGAGGAGGACGCCGCCGGCAACGACGACAGAACAGGCGCCAUCGAGCCUGAGACAAUGGCGCCAAUUCCCCGUUGCCAUGACAAGACAGGCCUUGCCUUUACUUGACGACUCACCGUGAGGUGGGUGGCCAGCAGUGAGCACCACGGGCACCACCACCUCCACCUCCACUACCACCACCGCUACCGUUUUUGCUGCGCCUUCCCCCAGCGUUCAAGGCAACGCGACACGCAGCCGAUCCGCAAUUGUUCUCGGCCACCCGAUCCGGCUCCAUAACAGGGCAGCACUGGCCUGGCUGAGCAGGGCACGACGGCGGCGGCACCAAGCCCAACUUGCCAGGGUUGCUACUGUGUGUUACAGGUGGGCGUGCGUGGGUAGCUACUUUUACGCUACUAAUGUAUGCUGCACUAACUCAGCAAGCUUACCAUUGCCGGCCCCAUCCAUCAUCGUCCGCUUCGCAGAUCACCGAUCUCCACCCCUGUCCGCAUCUCGCGCCACGCCUCGCCUGCUCGUAGGCACAUCGAGGGCGAUGGAUGGCGGUGGUGUGUGCUCGACGUGCCACGCCGUGCGCAGCUUCAUGUGCUGCCCUUGCGUUUCCGCGCCGUUUCGCAGCUUUACUUCUUGGUAGGCUGCUGGAUGGGGAAUUAUGUGCUGGACCUACAACGGUUACUUUUUGGACGCCUGCCUUGCAUUGCGUGAGCUUCACGUCGAGCGUCAUGCCAUCUCAAGAGCGUUUCGCGGCCAGGACGACGAGGAACGGCAGAGGCCACGCACGCGGAGACGCUGCCGCCGCCGCCGCCGCCGACUGAGACCCUCCCCCUCCCCUCCUCCCCCUUGAUCCCAGUCGCCCGUCGUCUCGUCUGGACGCCAUCGCCUCCCAUCUCCCACCCCCCCUUCCGGUUACCUGGCCGAUGACGUACACGCCGCCCUCGCUCAACGUCACUCCCUUGUCAAUCAAGCUUUGCGGGUAGCGUUGCGGGUACUGCGCUGCGCACAGCGUCUCACUCGCUCCUCGUGCCUUCCCGGUUGCAGCCAGCUUGGCUCAACCGCCAGACUAGAGGAGCCAAUGCCUGCCAAUGCCUGCCAGCGCCUCGGGCAGUGUCAGUCGCCUGCUGCUGCCCUGGGCUGCUCCCCAGUCCGGCUCCAGGGCGCCUCCCAUGCCUAUAAACCCCUUCCCUCUGCUCGCGCGCGCCCUCGCCUUCUCUCCUCUCCUCCCUGACCCUCUCUCUACUUGCCUUGCCUUGCAAUUAUACCCCCCCAAUCGUAAUACCCAUCCAAACGGCAACCUCUUUGUGAUACCCCAGAGACGCAGCUAGCCACUUCGUCUCUACACUCUCACCCUCACCUCGCCUCACGACUUUACCCAAUCGUUUGCGCCUGCAACUCCGUCCUGGGCCAAUUGCUCAUCAAGCCAGGCGGAUUUCAUAAUUGAGCAUUAAUACCCCCCGAGAAAAACAAAAGAAAGCAAAAGAGACGAGACGAGAUGUCCGCAACCGUCAACAAGCCCACCGACGUCAAGCAGAAGGAGGCGGAUAUCAACCGCAAGCUCCAAAUCUACGGCAUCGUCAGCGCCUUUUCUCAAGGCAAGGUCCCGUCGAACGACCAGAUCGAUGUCGCCCUCAACAGCUUCCUCCAGUCCCGCGCGCUCUCCCGCCCGUCGGAUCAGCUGUCCGACGAUGGCAAGACGCUCGUCAAGGACACGCGCGAGGUUGUCGAACUCGCCAAGAAGCUGUUGCUGUCCAAGAACCAGGGCAACCUGAUUCAGGACUUCAUCUGGCAGACAUGGCAGUACGAUGCCAAGAGCGUGCAGGGCCCCAAUGCACCCAUCAGCAAGGACACGGCCAAGCGAGAUGGCGAUGAGGCGCUGCAGGGUUUGAGGACUCUGGGCACACUCCUCAUUACCAAUGGCCAGUUCCGCAAGCUUCUGAGCGACUCCUCGGUUCUCUUCCGCGAUAUGCUCGGGGACGCCGCCUCCAACGCCGCCUCUCGUGUGCGCCCUGAUGAGGAGAAGUUGUCCCAGAUCGACAAGCCUGCGGCCGACAACACCUGGCACGAGGCUCCGGAUCUGUCCAAGGAGAACCUCAGGAAGCAGGCCAAGGGCAUCUACGGCGGAAACGCCAAGGAGGAUGCCAAAGACGUGGCCAACGCCGGCGCCAAUGCCGCUGUGCCCCAAAACACCCCUCCCGGCGCUGUUGCCUCGCGGGACCAGCCAGUGGACAAGAUUGCGGGACAGAAUGCCGCCAUCACUGCCGCCAAGGGCAAGAUCGACCAGAACGUCGAUCCCGAAACGCAGGAAAAGAUCAAGCAGCGCAACGAGGAGUACCGCCGCCGCGCCAAGGAAUACUUCAACAAGAAGAUGCCCGAGGAGCGCAAGGAUCAGAUCAUCUUCCGUCUCAAGAAGAUGAUCCUCGAGUGCCAGCAGCAUCCUGACUACUCAUCGGCGAUCCAGACCCUGCUUCGCCUCGCUGAGUCGUACGGACAGCACGGCCGCACGCUCGGCGAGGGCUCUGCCGGCUCUGCCAAGCAGGCCCGUACCGGUCUGCAGGCUGCCGAGAACGACCUUCGCACCCUCAUUGAGCGCUUCGCCAACGGCACCUCGACAUCAGACCUGUGGGCGUCCAUCGGCCAGAUUUACAAGGACGCCGACAAGGACCAGGAGCUCCGCGGCUGGUUCAAGAGUAUGGACAGCUAUAUCCGCCGCUGCCUUCUCGAGCAGGGCUACAUCCUGGACGAGUCGUCGACCAAGCAGUGGGACCGCCUGUACGAGCAGGGCCGCUAUUUGCUCCGCGAGAAGUAUCGCGGCCACACGGACCGCGUCAUCGACGAGACCAAGUUCCUCGCCGAGCAAUUUGACAAGGAUCCCCACAACAAGGCCUUCGGCGAGUCGGUGCAGAAGCUCUUCAACCAUCUGGGCCACGACGCCAACGGAAAGUCGACGUUCAAGCCUCACCUGGUCAAGGACUUGACCGAGGUGAUUCUGCCCGCCGUUCUCGCCAACAUCAACUACAUCCCGAUCCCGCGCAUUGAGUAUGUGGACCCGCAGUUCGAUGUGGUGAUUGAGAACCUGGUUCUUGAGAGCGACAACUUCAUGCCCAACGUCUUCGAGGUGGCGAGCGAGCACUACUUCCGCAUGGGUCGAAAGAAGAUUGCCAAUAAGCACCACAACACUAUGGAUGUCAAGGUGGCGGGCAUUCAGAUGGACCUGCGCGACGUCAGCUUCCACGUCAAGCGCAAGCAGGGGUUCCCGGCCAUCUCGGACACUGGCAUCGCCGACAUUGUGCUGCCCGGCAACGGCUUUUCUUUCCGCAUGAAGGUGUCGACGGCGCACAAGACGGACCGCCAAAACUACUUCAAAGUGGACAAGGUCGAUGUCGACUUCAAGGGACUCAACAUCAAGGUGAAGAAGUCGAGCCACAAGCUGCUAUUUGGCCUGGUCAAGCCGCUGGUGCUCAGGGUGCUCCGCAAGCCCAUCCAGAAGGCGGUGGAGAAGGCCAUCAAGGACCAGUGCAACAAGGCGGAUCAGGAGCUGUACCAGAUCAAGCUGGAGGCGGACCGCGCGGCCAAGGACGGCGACAACGAGGCGGAGAAGAAGGCCAACUUUUACACUCGCUACUACCAGGCGGCCCAGAGGCGCUACCUGGACGGCAAGAAGAAGAGCAAGGAGGUGGCGGACGACAAGAAGGUGAAUGUGGCCAUGACGAUGGAAGACAGCAUCCUGCCCAACGUGAAGCUGCCAGGCGGCGUGAGCUCCAAGGCAACCGAGUACAAGGAGCUGGCUCGCAAGGGUGACAAGUGGGAGAGCCCCGUCUUCUCGAUUGGCAGCGCCAAGAAGAGCACCGACAUCCCGUCGGCGCCGCAGAUUGAGACCAAGCCGCACUCGGCGGGCCCCUCGGGCGUCGCUGGUGCUGCCGGUGCCGGCGCGGCGGGUGGUCUCGCUGGAGCCGGCCUCGCGUCGCGCGGUCUCCCUGCGACGACAGGAGCGACGACGACGGGCGUCAACCCCUUGGGAACGACGACGGGAGUAUCGAAUGGGGUCACCAACGGUGCCAAGACGGGCUUCGGCGGGGUCACGAAUGGAGGCAGCAACGGCAACACGGCGACGGUGAAUCUGCACGGCGGCAAGCCCAUCUCGGCUGACGGAACCAACGUGACGAGCCACGGCCUCGGCACACGCUAGACGCGGGGCGACGAGUCGAUGUUGUUUGUGAGAGGCCACACGCGGCAGGGAAGUGGCGGGGUGCGGACGUUAUACCCAUUGAGUCGCGCAUGAAGUGAUGGGGGACAGUUGAGACUUGAGAGCCUGCGGAUGCGCUACAGUGAUACCAGAAGAAAAGGGGGGGUAAUGGACACGGUGCGGACCACCAAAAUUUCCUAUGUCUCGUUAGGUUUAGUUUAUGAAUACGAAGUCAUUACUAUUGGC